AUGACGACCCAUAAAGCACAAGGGAAGACCCUCGCCCAGGCUAUUGUGGAUAUCGAAAGUUGUAAAGGCACUGAGGCCCCAUAUGUCAUGCUCUCUCGGGUCACUUCGCUGUCAUCCCUUCUAAUCCUCCGACCGUUCUCGAUCAAAAGGAUCCGAAGUCGCCUGUCUGAAGAUGCUCGAAAGGAAGAAUAUCGUCUAAAUAUUAUUCGAUGGCAAACC